ACUUCAUCAGGGCAUCAUGCAGAGCCACUCUCUAUCCUGCUUUGUGUGUUCAGUGUCUGUCAAGUUAUGCAAACACUACAACAAAGCCAGCGGCAACUCGCCCAAGCCGCCUUGUCUGUGAGCUUAGCCAGGGCUCAAUCCACCUCAGCAUUUGUUUCCAGGAUAGCUAAAACUACAGGACUCAAUCCAAGAGUCUACCAAGCAGUACAAGAUUGCAUUGAUAACAUGGCUUAUUCUGUGGAUCAGCUUAACCAAUCGGUCCAAGAGCUCGGGUACAUGGGUCGAGGCAAUGGCCAGGACUUCAUGUGGCACGCGAGCAAUGUUCAGACAUGGGUCAGUGCUGCUCUUACCGAUGAGAACACUUGUGUUAAUGGCUUUGCUGAUAAAGCCAUGGAUGGAAAUGUGAAGGCUGCAAUUAAAAGCAGGGUCAUCAGUGUUGCUCAGGUCACCAGUAAUGCACUGGCAUUGGUUAAUCGCUUUGCUACAAGACAUAGAGCUGGUGCAGCCCACAACAUACCCUAGAUUUAGUGUUAAAUCUCUCUAUGGUGGUUUGUUUGUAGAUGUUCAAGUGUGAGUUUAAGUUCAGUUUUUGUUGUGGUCUUGUAGAACAGGUAUUGUCCUUGGAUCAGCAGCCGAAAGCCACCAAAAUGCAUUAUAUUUAUUCUGGAGUGGGGUCUCAGCAUGCUGAUUUUUCCUGUAAAUGUUAAGUAACGGAGUUGGUUUGUAUGUAG